UCACACAAGAGAAUCCAUGUCCGUAGCAAACGGUGGUGUUACGGUGUGAAGUGUGUAGUAGCGGUUGGUACACGUAUUCUCUCUCACCUUAAAUUCUUCUCUAACAAAAAAACCUUUGCAAUUUGCAACUUUCGCUUUCUCUCUCUCACUCUUUCUUUGUUAUUUUCCUUCAUAUUCAAUUUUCAUGGCAAUUAUUAUUACCUUCCAAUUUUAUCUAUUUCCUCAAAGUCACUUUCUUUCCUCCUACACUUGGCUGGAUUAAGUUUUAAGCUCUACCUUGUUUGGAUUAUGAGAAAAAAAAUUCUGCAAUAAUCACCUUUUUUCUUCAUAUUCUUUUAGUUUCAAUUUUGACUUUAAUUCGUUCAACCCAGAUGAAAAAAUUCAAUCUUUUUUCUCUUAGCUGAUAGUGGAUGAUGACACUGAAUUGAAUAGAGAGAUAUAGAGCUAGAGAGAGAGAGUUAUAGAGAGAAAAAAUGGCUUAUGCAAAUGGGUUUACUCCAGCAAUGAAAAUGGGUUUUGUGUUUUCAUCUCAAAUUUCACCAAAACAAAGAUACCCUUUGGUUUAUCCUUCAUCAAAGUGUGGAUUUUUACUCAAAUUCAAUGAUGGGUCAUUCAAAUAUCAAAACCCUUUAUUUGUAGCUAAACCAAUUUCAAUUAAGAGGAAAAAUUCAGUGGAACUUGACCAAUUCGUGACGAGCGACGACGAAGAGGAGGAAGAAGAAAUGGGAGAUGGAUUCUUAGAAGCAAUUGAAGAGCUUGAGAGGAUGACAAGAGAACCAUCUGAUGUUCUAGAAGAGAUGAAUGACCGUCUUUCGGCUAAAGAACUUCAGCUUGUGUUGGUUUAUUUCUCUCAAGAUGGAAGAGAUUCAUGGUGUGCUUUGGAGGUUUUUGAUUGGUUAAGGAAAGAGAACAGGGUUGAUAAGGAAACUAUGGAGUUAAUGGUUGCUAUUAUGUGUGGUUGGGUGAAGAAAUUGAUUAUGGAAAAACAUGGUGUUGGUGAUGUUGUUGAUCUUCUUGUUGAUAUGGAUUGUGUUGGUUUGAGACCUGGUUUCAGUAUGAUUGAGAAGGUUAUUUCUUUGUAUUGGGAUAUGGGGGAGAAAGAUGGUGCUUGUUUGUUUGUGCAAGAGGUUUUGAGACGUGGGAUUGCUUGUAAUGAGGAUGAUCCUGAUGGGCAUAAGGGUGGACCAACUGGAUAUCUUGCUUGGAAGAUGAUGGCUGAGGGGGACUACCGAGGCGCUGUUAGAUUGGUAGUUCGGUUUAGAGAAGCUGGCCUGAAACCCGAGAUUUACAGUUAUCUUGUUGCAAUGACUGCUGUGGUUAAGGAGCUCAAUGAGUUCGCCAAAGCUCUACGAAAGAUGAAAAGUUUUGCAAGGGCCGGUUUGAUAACUGAAUUUGACCUAGAAGACGUCAAGCUGACAGAAAAGUACCAAUCAGAUCUUCUAGUGGAUGGAGCGCGAUUAUCCAAAUGGGUGAUUCAAGACGGCAGCCCUUCAUCACUCCGCGGAGUUAUUCACGAGAGGCUCCUCGCUAUGUACAUUUGCGCCGGCCGUGGAAUCGAUGCUGAGAAACAAUUGUGGGAAAUGAAGCUUGUUGGUAAAGAGGCUGAUGGUGGUCUCUAUGACAUUGUUCUAGCCAUUUGUGCUUCACAAAAAGAGGCUAAGUCAACAGCAAGGCUGAUGACACGGUUGGAAGUUGCAAGCUCGCCGCAGAAGAAGAAAAGUAUGUCAUGGUUAUUAAGAGGUUAUAUUAAAGGUGGUCAUUUUAGUGAAGCAGCAGAGACUGUAAUGAAAAUGCUUGAAUUGGGAUUCUAUCCUGAGUAUUUGGAUAGAGUUGCUGUUAUGCAAGGUUUAAGGAAAAGGAUACAGCAAUAUGGAAAUUUAGAUCUUUAUAUCAAGCUUUGUAAGUCACUGUCUGAAGCAAAUCUUAUAGGACCUUGUCUUGUGUAUUUGUAUGUUAGAAAAUAUAAGCUUUGGGUUGUGAAAAUGAUCUAAGAAAAGUACUUGUAAAAAACCUGCCAAUUUUUCAAACCUUUGGUUUUAGAGGCUUAGUUGUGUAUUGUAACUAGAGCAUCGAUUUUGUUGGUGCUUGUAUAAAUUUGUAUAGUUUUAAUGUCAAAAGGACCAAUUCUAGUGGUUGUUAUAAUGAGUAUGUGUAUAAUAAUAUAUAAUUCGGAUUAUUUCCCCACGACAUUCUCAUGUAAUAUUAUAUUACAAGUUAGACAAAUGAUGUAAUCAUAUUAUAUAUAA